CGAGUGUUCUUGAGAUAGAUAGAUAGGUCAAAAAUUACUAAGAAACAAAAUAAAUUAAAAAAAAAAAAAUACUUUCGAAUGAAAGCGGCGGCAUCCCAGUCCUCCUCAUCCUCCGCCUCCGCCACCGCCACCGCCACCGGCAGCAGCCCCUCUCAGAAAAUAUCUAAUUCUGGGGAGGCGUCUCAGAUGAUCCAAAAACCCCCCUCCCACCCGCAGAAGAAGAGGCAUUGCGUGAUGUGGGGAGAUGUAUAUGGAGUGGUAAUGGUUCCCAAUGAGCUGGACCUCCUCGACAAGGAUCACUCCUUCCACCUUCCUUUCCAACCUCCUCGCCUUACUAAACAUAUCCAAGAUUUUCUGAGGACUAGAGAAGUUGGUGAGUUUCUUAGUGGUGCUUUGGCUGGGGCUAUGACCAAAGCUGUUCUUGCUCCUCUUGAAACCAUCAGGACAAGAAUGGUAGUUGGCGUUGGGUCCAAAAAUAUUACUGGGAGUUUCAUUGAGGUUGUUGAGCGGCAGGGUUGGAAAGGGCUGUGGGCUGGUAACACAAUCAACAUGCUCCGCAUAAUACCUACACAAGCGAUUGAGCUUGGAACAUUUGAGCAUGUCAAGCGAUCAAUGACAUCGGCCCAGGAGAAAUGGAAUCAGAUUGAUUGCCCGCAAGUGCAAAUUGGUCCUGUAAAUUUGAAAUUUUCUCUUUCCUGGCUCUCUCCAGUUGCAGUGGCAGGUGCAGCUGCUGGAGUUGCUAGCACGCUUGCUUGCCAUCCUCUUGAAGUUUUAAAGGACCGGUUGACUAUAAGUCCCGAGGCUUAUCCUUCUAUAGGCAUUGCAAUUAGCAAGAUUUACAAGGAUGGUGGGUUAGGUGGUUUCUAUGCCGGUAUUUCGCCUACAUUGAUUGGCAUGCUUCCCUACAGCACAUGUUAUUAUUUCAUGUACGAGAAGAUGAAGAAAUCUUACUGCUUAGCAAAGAGAAAAAAGUCUUUAAGCCGUGCAGAGAUGCUCCUGGUCGGAGCUCUCUCAGGUUUUACAGCUAGCACAAUUAGUUUUCCGUUGGAGGUGGCCAGGAAACGGCUCAUGGUGGGAGCUCUGCAAGGUAAAUGUCCACCACACAUGGCAGCAGCACUGGCAGAAGUCAUUAGAGAGCAAGGUUUGAUGGGACUUUACAGAGGUUGGGGUGCUAGUUGUUUAAAAGUCAUGCCCUCCUCAGGCAUCACCUGGAUGUUUUAUGAAGCUUGGAAAGAUAUAUUACUAGUUGAGAGGCGCUACCUAUAACAAAUUCCUAUAACAGAUUCAUGCAAUAUCUGAUUAUUGGCCACUUAUUCUGCGGACAGAUUAGAGCCAGGCUUUGACUUGCGCUCGAAUCAGUAGUAUUCCGAAACUGUUGUGUUUGGUGGUGAGGACAGUCUGUUUGCUUUUGGUCUUUUAUCAGAAUUUUUUAUGCAAGCUUCAAAUUUUGAUCAUUAUGACCAGUAAAAUUCAUGUUUGAGAAGAAGGUAUGUGCUUUUUUAUCCAUUACAAGAGGUGUGGACGGUUUAUACAGACCCUACCUCUGUCAAUUUUAUAGGUGAUCUUUUAACAUUUUUUUAUCUUGUUUGAAGUGGGUUUUUGAUGCUCAAUGCGCUGCUACUAUAACCAAUUUGUUCAUUUUCUUCCUUGGUAGAGGUGAGAAGGAAUGAUGUACUUUUCCAUUGUAACUUUGUAAGAGGUUUGUCAGAAAAGAAUUUAUUGUUUAAACAUUC